AUGCAAAGCCAAACGGCGGAAAAGAAAUUAUUUUUUAAUAUAUAAACGCAGACAAGUUUAAAAUGCUGCUCACGUGACACAUCAGCGUCUUAAACUAAGAUUAUGUCUUUCUCCCUCUCCCUGUGUGUGGUCUCCCGAGGAUGAUAUCUGCUGCUGACUUCUAGUGUGUGUGGGUGUGUGAACGCUGCCGACCGCCAGUGUCCCGGAGCUCCUCCUGAUGGCCGCACCGCAGCAGCGGCUCAAUGUGAAGAGGACAGGGAAGGGACUCAGCCUUCAUACUCAAACUGCUGCCGCUGAACGCCGGACGUUGAAACUCGCCACCAGCAAAAGAAAAGCUUCAUUUUAAAGUAUGAGUUGGCUUUCACAGGACUUUCUUCUCAAAGCCAUGAAGAUGGAUAGUGCAUGAAGAAUUCUUCUACAAUCGCUCAACUUAAACAAACUAAGAACAUUGACAUUUCUUGUUAAGUCAAGAAGCGACUAGCCAUGAAUUCGAAGAGCUCAAGUGCUGGCUCUGCGGAGUCGGGUCUGUGCUGUGGUGGGCAGCAACUUUCUCCGGAUCCGCGCUUUCUCCGAAAGCACAGGUACCAGGCCAAGAGGAAGCUGAGACCGUCGCGAGUGAUGGGCUUUUGCAUCGGCUUAAUGGCUCUCAGCACGUUCUCCAUCUUACUCAGUGCCUUCACCUGGACAUCAACCAACUCAGCAAAACCACAAGGCCAACGCAGAACUCUACUGGGUUUCGAAGAAAAGCAGACAUUUUCCAAGAGUCAAAAUUAUACGCCCAGAUCUGAACUUGCUCUGAGGUACGAAGGGCGGGCAGCCACCAUCCCUGACAAUAAUAACAGCAAUGCUGGAGAUUAUCCUAGGGAUCUUUUUUCACUGGAGGAACGAAGGAAAGGAGCUGUCGUACUCCACGUCUUAGGCAUGAUUUACAUGUUCAUAGCCUUAGCCAUUGUGUGCGAUGAGUUUUUUGUACCGUCAUUGACAGUUAUCAUUGAUAAACUGCAAAUAUCGGAUGAUGUGGCGGGGGCCACCUUUAUGGCAGCUGGCGGUUCAGCCCCAGAGCUCUUUACUUCUUUAAUAGGAGUUUUUAUAUCUCGCAGUAACGUUGGGAUUGGGACCAUAGUGGGUUCUGCAGUGUUCAAUAUCCUGUUUGUAAUCGGGAUGUGCGCUGUAUUCUCCAAAGAAAUUCUGCACCUUACAUGGUGGCCACUGUUCAGAGAUGUGUCCUUUUAUAUUCUUGACCUGAUUUUGCUUAUAGCUUUCUUCCUGGAUAAUGUCAUCGUUUGGUGGGAAAGUGUAAUUUUGUUGUCAGGCUAUGGAUUCUACGUGACCUUCAUGAAGUUCAACAUUCAGAUCGAAAAAUGGGUGAAAAAGAAAAUAAACCGGAACAAAGUGGUGGAGGCAACGGCAACAGAUGACGAUGACAAGGUAUUUGUGGUCUUAUUUCAGAAAUUUAUUUUUGAACAAAAGUAUUAAGGAAUGGUCCCCAUUAUCCCAAGGAUCAUUUGUGAC